GAACCAGCGGCAGCGGCAGCUUCCCGCGGUCCCGUUACACGCGAAUGAAGGAGCGACUGUCGGUCAUCGGCGCCAGUCCAGCUCCGGGCUCGACCACCGGCCAGUUUACACGCCAACUGGACUCGGCUCUCCCGGGACCCCACAUGAAGAUGCUGCAUGAUAAUCUAGAACGGGAGAAAGCACCGAUACUAGCUCAACUCCGCACGGGACAUGCCAGACUGAAUGGAUAA